UUUGGGGUUUUUUUGCACUUGUGUUUUUUUUUUUACUCUCCACCCAAAGCGUGGUUCAGCGAGCGGCUGCCCCGGCACAAGGAGCCCAGCGGAGUCGUGUGCGUGGCCGCGGCCACCGCCCGGGGAAGGCGCCCCAUGGCCGCGCUGUAAACAGCGGGGAAUGCCUGGGCUUGGGGGUGAGGCGGCGCUGGGGGCGGCAGAACGGGGCCGUCUUCCUCAGCCCGCCCCGAGCAGAAGAAAAUCUAAAGCGCCACCUCCUCCAUCUGAAACAAAACCCACUGCUGUUUCUCCAUUUGAUGACACAGCAUCAGCCAACCUCAUCAUGGAACAGAAAGAGAACGUAAUCGAUAAAGACAUUGAACUAUCAGUGGUCUUGCCAGGAGAUGUGAUCAAGUAUACUACAGUCAACGGGAGGAAGCCCAUGAUGGACUUGCUGAUCUUUCUCUGUGCACAGUAUCAUUUAAAUCCAUCAAGUUAUACUAUAGAGUUGGUAUCAGCAGAAAACAGCCAGAUUAAAUUCAAACCCAACACGCCAGUGGGAAUGCUCGAAGUGGAAAAGGUGAUUGUAAAGCCAAAACAAAUGGAUAAGAAGAAACCUGCUCCGGUUAUACCAGAGCAAACAGUAAGGGUAGUGAUAAACUACAAGAAGACACAGAAGACGGUAGUAAGAGUUAGUCCACAUUCACCCCUUCAAGAACUCAUACCAAUUAUCUGUAGUAAAUGUGAGUUUGAUCCUUCACACACUCUACUGUUGAAGAAUUACCAGUCUCAAGAACCCCUUGAUGUGACAAAAUCUCUUAAUGACCUUGGACUAAGAGAAUUAUAUGCCAUGGAUAUCAGUCGAGCCACAUCACCAGUUGAUUUAAAUUUACCGUCUUUGCAAGACUCCUACCAAUCUGAAAACUUAGAUGUUCUGAAGGAGAAAGAAAACAAAGGAUUUUUCAGCUUUUUUCAACGAAGCAAGAAGAAAAGAGAACAAGCUGCCAGUGCCCCAGCAACUCCAUUGAUGAGCAAGCCAAGGCCAACAUUUAUCACGAGAUCUAACACUGUUAGCAAGCAGUAUGAUUCAAACACUCUGCCAUCUGAGAUGCCGAAGAAACGGAGAGCUCCUUUACCGCCUAUGCCAAAUUCUCAGAGUGCUCCCCAGGAACUUGCACAAGCUCAAGUCAGACCGGCAUCUGAUCUUGUGAAAUCUAACAGCCUUGAUAGGAACAAACAGGCCCCUCCAGGAUUAGUACGGAAAGGUUCUCUGCCGCUCAGUGACACCGCUUCCGUGAACUCCUCUCUACGGAGGAUGAAGCGGAAAGCACCCUCACCACCCUCUCGAGGACCAGAAGAUCAAAGUGAAAGCAGUAAUGAGACUGUAACAGAGUCAACAGAAUCAGCCCCUACUAAAGUGGAGGAAAGAGCCACUGAAAUGCAGUCUGAAACAGGUGUAAGGAGUGCAGAAUACAACCUGGAAGAAAUUGAUGAAAGGGAAGAGAUGAGCAUGCAACAGAGAGAGGACAGUGAAAGUACAAAUACCUCUCUCGGGACAGGAGAGGUUACUGCAGCCUUCAGCUCUGCUGAGGCACGACUGGAAACUGAAAAAAAAGAUCCUGCUUCAUCAGUUCCAGUUCCUGGCAGUGUUUCUGUAGACAACUCGCAAAGCUUUGAGGAAGAAAAACAAGAAAAUAUGAGCACAGAUGGCAAAGGACUACAGACUAAGAUAAGCAGUGAGCAGGCUGCAUUUGAAAAAGACAGGAAGCUUAGAAUUUUGGAUCAAAAUAAAACUGAUGAUCACAGUGAUGCAAAACUCCUUCCAACACCAGAAGAAGCAAAAGAACUUCAGACAGCUGAAAUUAAAACAGUAGAUUUUAGAGAAAAUAACAAGCUUGAAGUUGACAGACUGUCAAACUGCCAGGCAUGUAAAAAUGACAUCUCUGGAAGUCAUAGGAAUUAUCCUCAACUGAUUCCAGACAAGCAAGUUCAGAAAACAAAUCAAACCAGCUUGGACACAGUAAAAACUCAGGAUGUUGCAAUCCAGACAGGUCCAUCAGGUAGCGAUCUGGGAAGGACUACACAGAAAGAAAUUAUUGUUCCUCAAGGUACUGAAUCAUCCACAUUCAGAGGACUGGUCCCUCGACACAACACAGACACAAACAACCCCCUUCUUCAGGUGAUGCAUAUAAUACAAGAGGAUGAAGAUACUUCAACAAAACAAAAUCUUGAGAGGCAAGAAGUUACCUAUGAAAAAGUAAUUCCCUUACAAAAUCAAAGUCACAUUUGUAUAAAUGGCAGUAAUUUUGCUUCACCAGAAACAACAGCAAAAACUCCAGAUGACUCUCCUGUAAAAGGUUACCCUCUUUAUAGACAGGACACCAAACCUAAACCCAAGCCCGCUAAUGAAAUUACAAGAGAUUACAUACCAAAAAUUGGAAUGACUACUUAUAAAAUAGUGCCUCCAAAAUCCUUAGAAAUAAUGAAGAGCUGGGAAUCAGAAAUUCCAUCAGAUUAUAAGGAUCAAGAGGUAACUACUUUGGAAAACUCUCUGAAGCAUGAAGACCUCAAAGAAUUCAUAGUGCAAGCUGAAAUUCCUCAUCUUCCAAAAAGUGUGGGUCAUUUACAGAUUGGUUCACAAAAUGAACCUCCAGCAACAAAUGAUCUGCUGCACAGAGUGAACAGCAUUUCUGAACGCAUGACGUCUGGAGCUGAGAUAACUAUUGAGAGCAAUAGGAUGGAAACAGUGUCUUCCAAACAGCGUGUCCCACUGAUGCUAAGCUUGGAUAAUGCAAAUGCUGCUUCUGAGACUCAGGACAAGUCAAAUGCAUUAAGUCCUACAACGAAGCCUAGUUCUUUUUAUCUGCAGAUGCAACGAAGAGCUUCAGGUCAUUAUGUGACAUCUGCAAUUGCCAGAAGUACCACUUCUGCUCCUAAUUCCAUUCAAAAUGAAGCUAAAAAUACAGAGAUGGGGAAAAAAAUCUCAUCACCUGAUCCAACUUCUUUGUCUUUACAUAAAACAAGUACUUCCUCUCUGCCAGCAGAUGAAAAAAAAGUUGAUGAUGAAAAAAAAAUUGAAUCGUCCACUUCUCCUGCUGAAAGCAAUAAACCUUCAAGUUUUCCCUCCUGUCCGCCAGCACCGUUGAACCUAAGAACUCUAAGAACUUUUGCAGUCCCAAAGCCGUACUCCAGUUCGAGACCAUCCCCUUUUGCUCUUGCUGUCUCAUCCGCAGUCAAAAGGUCACAAUCAUUCAAUAAGACGCGUACAAUCACUAGCCAGGCACUGAGAGAGGAAUUUCCUGUUGAACUCCCCUCUGCUGCUUCAGCAGCUGAAUUCUCCUCCACUACCUCUGUGCCUCAAGUGAAAACUUCUUCCUUACAGACCAUAACAGGGGAGUCACAAAAUAGUCUAAUGGAUAAGAAAGGCAGCAAUGUGAAUAGUGAGCAGAAGAGUCAGGCGCAGUCAGGUGCUUCCACUGACCACCCACCCCCUGUCACUAAGAGACAAACCGCGAUGUCGUUCCAGCGCUCUGACCCAGAACAGAUCCACCAGAGCUUGCUGGCUGCAAUCCGCUCUGGAGAAGCUGCUGCCAAAUUGAAAAGGGUUGGUCCUCCAUCAAACACCAUAUCUGUCAAUGGAAGAGCCAGGCUUACUCCUUUGUAUUCCACAGAAGCAAAAGCUAAUCACUAGAUAUUAUACCAAAUAUUUUGCACUUUACUACUGCUUCAUAGGCCAACUUAAUACUAACUACAAAUUUUUGAAAGUGUAAAUGCAAGUAUAAGUUAAUAUAUUUUCGUCAAUUGUUAUAGGAAUUUCAAGCUGGGUCCUUUGAUGCCUUGGAAAGAUUAUUAGAAUAUGUAAAUUAUGGUAAUAUUUUGCCUUUUUCUCUUUAUAAAGCUGACUAUGCUGCUAAAAAGGUUUAAGAGAAGGUGCAGAUGAGCUUUGCUUACAUUAGAAUGAGAUUCAGAAAUUCUUGAUUUUAGCCUUCAAGACUGAAUGAUAUGUAGCACUAUGCUGAAAUUACAGAUUUAAAGCAAUCUAAGAAUUUUAAAUAAUUAAUUUUCAGUUGUGUAUUACUUUAACAGAUUGUAUGAAUUUAAAUCUACCACAUGCUGCCUCCAUAUUACUUUGUUAAAUUAAAUUUGUAAUUAGUAGAAAAUCUUAAUUAUAUACAAUACUUUGUUUCUCUUUAAAAAAUGGAUGGUUUUGUUCCUUCAGCUGAGAGUACUUGGGAUAAGUAUUUUGAUUUUUUUAAUCUCGUUAAUUUUUUUCCUGGUAGCACACAAAAAAAAAUCAGGACAUAAAUUAUCGGAAAUUUUUGUACUACUAAAAAACUUUUCUUAACAGUAGCACUACGUGACGUUUCUCAUCUGCUCUUUGACUACCUGUAUAUAGUAUUUACUUAGCACUCAGAUAAGCAAUACUUUUUGUGAACUAGAUAUAUUUUAAAGUAGUCAUCAGCAUAUAGUCACUUACUGAUAAAAUGCAAAUUCCAGUUUUGAUACUUAAUGAAAUAGAAGAACUCUUUUUUCACUGGAAGUAUGACUGAAGAAUGAACUGCUUUGGACUUAUUAAUGUAAAAUAUUUUAAUCUUAAAACAGCACAAUAACACACAAAGCAUUCUCGUGUCUGAGAGCAUCUAUUUAUAGGUUAAGCAUUAAAUACCAAAAUGGGAAUAUAUAUUAAAAGAAAAUGCUUCAUGUUACAUGUUAUCUAUUUUCCAUUUCUUGUCAAGGUUAUAUGUUUUGGGGAGAGGGGUGGAACUACGAUCACACUCAUGAUGAAAUAGCUAGAUGAUGGAUGCAUGCAGCAAGUGCUGGGGUAUUUGCCAUAUUAAAAUAUUUUCUUGCUGGACUUGAUUUAAAUAAAAGUAAUUGUAUUUAGUUUCUAUUCUUUAACAAUAUAUUUAUUUUGUACUUUAGAGACAUUCUGUAACUCAGUUUCAGAAACUGAUCUAUAUGUGCAUUUCAAAGGGUUAUUAAUGGUUUGCUGCCAGGUUUUUGUGCAAUAAUCUCAGAGGUCUCAUUACUUUUCUAGUACAGAGUCAAUUAUUGAUUACAAAUAACAGUGUUAAUGCUGAAACCCUUCAAGGAAUGUUUUAGUAAAUAAAAAUUCAUAAAGAGAGCUGAUGAACAUUUGUUCACUGCUGUUCUCUCCCCUAUGUCUUAGUCCCUGUCAAUGUGUAUUCCCACUUCCUUCUCCACCUUGUUCUUGCCUCCAGUCAAGGACUAAUUCCAAGGGCGGGGGGAACUCACGUGGUAGUUCAAAAGUUCUCUUUCAGGGUCUGAUUGCAAAAGAACGCUUCGUCCUUCGCUUGAAGAUGGUGAGAUAGAAGAGAGUGACUGUACAUGUAUAACUCAGGGCCUGGAAAUAACAACGGCUGUGUCAUCUCCAACAGAAAUAGAUACAACUCCAGUGCCAAAAAGAAUCCAGGAGAGUUGGAUUUGGAUUCAUGGCUCCUCUACAACUGUCUUCGGUCAUUUUUAAGAUGUAAAUCCAACCCCACUCUGAUUUAUGAAUGAGAACAUCGUGUGCUGCUGACAGUAAUGCAAGAGUAAGUGCUGCUCUGCAACUUGCAUAAGGAAGACAACAUUACUAAUAUGAAAGAAAUUAAUUAACCAUUAAAGCAACUGCCCACAGAAACUUAGCUUUAGUCAUUAUUUACAUUCUGUAUAUGAAUUGAGAUUUAACUUGAUCACAAAUUACAGGCUUGAUGCAGAUUACUGCAUGAGGUUAUAUAGUAUUACCACUGCAUAGGGUUAGAUGGUCACAAUGGUACCUGAUUUUCAUGUGGGUAUCAGAUACCUGAAUUCCUACAGGUAAUAAUGGAAAAAAAAAAGAAUGUACUCCAGCAAUAUACAUAUCAGAAGAAUUUUCUUAAUUUUGAAGUAAGCUGAUAUAGAAGCAGGGAUGGGAAAACAUAGAACAUAAUGAUGUAUUAUAAAUAGAUUUAACUAAAAAGACAUGUCAUGUCUAGUAACUGAACAGAGCUCUUAGUCCUUCUUUUUGUGUCCUGUUUUUUAUAAAUAAUCAAAUUCUAAUGCAGCAGGGUUUUCCAGUGCUGUUGACCAAUCUGUAACACAGUAAGUCAAAAAGCAAAAUACCAGCUACAAAUAAUGCAGUACCCUCUCCUGUACCACACAGAGGGUAACAACACUUGUUUCAAGUCUUCCCUCUGAGUACUAAGCAGGACUGACCUUGCUUAGCCUGUGAUAUUUGAUAUCAUAGCCAGAGCAACAAGAACAUGCAAAAGUACAGUACAUACAAGGAAAUUUUCACAAGUGACAGAAUAGUUAAAAGAAUGGGAAUGUUAAAGAAUGGACUUGCAUAUGUGAUAGUGAACAUCCAGAGGAGCAGAGGAAUUGAAGCAUACAAUCAGCUCAGGGCAGGAGGAGAAUUAAGUCCACAGAACCUGCCGUUGCAACAGUUAUUAAAGAAUAAAUCUGGCCAGCAGUGGUUAUUUGCGAGUACUAGCGUACUUAGUGUACUAGUGCUGGUGUACAUUAACCACUAGUGUACUUACUAAUGGUUAAUAUAUUUCUAAUUGAAAAAGUAAUUAAUAAACUAUUGUUGGGCUCAGAAUUUCAUAAUUUCCCCCCAGCUAUAUGUGUGUGGUGGUUUUUUUCCCCGAUACAAUCCUGAGCGAGAACUAAGAUGUGGCUACAGUCACACUUAAUUGGUAGUGGUAAAGCAAGGACAAAUGAAUUUGCUUCACAGUUGCUUAAGGCUUUGUAUUGCUCUAUCAAAAAUACAGUGAAAAUCAUCUUUAAAAUAGUUAAGCUGAUUGUAAUUUUCUAAAUGAAACACUUGAACUAAACAGGGAGAUGGGGGAAGGAAUGUGGAGAAAGCUGCAAUUGGUCACCUUGGUUAAACAGCAUGACUGAUCCCAUCAGCAGAUGCUAUUCCAAUUCUUCAAAUUCUAAAAGCUAAUUAAACACUUGCCUUCUGCAGACCAAAGUGUAUUUGGACAUGCAAAUGUGGAUCACAUCAGGGAACACCUGCAGCUACAAAGUGCAUGUACCAAGCAAGUAAGUCCCUAUGGUAUGUAUGCCAAGCUGCUGCAAUUCCCAUCUCCAGCAACUAAGCGAUACAAAGAGGCGAAGCAAAGGCUGAAGAAGUGGAUUGCAGAUUAUUUCCUUUUAAACUGUAGAAGACUGGGAGAAAGAUGGGCACCCAGGCAGCAGGACAGUUAGAUGCCUCACUUUCAAGAGUUUAGCAUACUGUUACCCUUACUAAAAGCUGCAGUAUUCCUAAGGGUUAAUGCUUGAAAGGUCAGGUCUGUUGGGAGACAGCCAACAAGCAGUCGAGCUGCCGGUGGCCCCAGCUCUUAGAGCUGGUGCGUGCUAACCACCUCCAGAGUGCUGAGGACAGAAAGCUCUCAAAUAGACGCACUGUCUACCCGAGUCUCCCUCUACCAAAACGACCGAGGGGCAGGAAGAGGAGAGCAUUACAGUUUGUGUAGCUGCUGCUAACAGCAUGGUAACUGGUGUAAGAGAGCUCCACAGGAACUAUCGUGAGACAUAGGCAGGAGCUGUAUGCACGGAGUUCACCUAUGGCUGGCAUAACAGGACAAGGGACCCUGAAGGAGGGCGGUUUGGGGGAAGUGGGCUUCAGGGCUUUACCUGGAAAUGGUGGGUUUAAUUGUUUUUAUUCAAACUGUGUCUGCUAUUAAUGUGUUGUGUUUUGGGUUUUUUUUAAAAGUAAUUUUCAAAAUGAAAACAAGAAUGAAAUAUUCUAGGCUGUCAGGUGUGCUUGGAAGUUCAGUAGAUGUAAAAGGCGUAUUCUUUGGUGCCCACUAAAGGUAAAAGGCUGAAAAGAGAGGUAAGGAAGUGUCUGCUGGACCGUAUUGUCAGGAAAAGGAAGUAGGUGAGUCUUUGUGUAACUAUUACAUUAAUUUAAAGCUACAGUUUAGUGGUGAAGUGAAAUGUACGUUGCCUGAUCAUCAGUGAGGAAAACAACGCAGCAGAAAUCAAGCUGCAACCCAGCAGGAACAAUUUUGUCUCAGAAAGAGGAAAAAAAGUGAUUAAAAGCAGCAAAUAUUUUAGAUUGAUAACCUAAAGGUGGAAGGCAAUUUGGGUGAGAGAGAAAGAAUAAAACAAGAGUUGUAAGACCUUUGGAAAACAUGUCAAGAAAGAUUAAAGGAAUGGGGUUGGUUUAAUGUAAAAAAAAAAAAAAAAAAAAAAAAAUGGAAGAAUGAUUAGGAUGACAUAGCCAUGUUUCAACACAAAAAAAGUUGCUACACCAAGGCAAGUGAUUAAUCAUUGUAUCUUCAAGCAAUAGUCUGUGCCAGCUUUAGAGCAUAAUGGAAGAAUGUCUGUACUGGGCCAAACUAAAGGUUCAUUUAGCUUGUUACCUGGCUUUUGACAAUGAUCAAAAAUUCAUGCCUGGAGAAAAACAUAAGAUUAUAAAACACACAAAAUAGUACUUACCCUAGGUAUGCUCAACCUUCAACAAUUUUUAGCUUUGAGAAUGCCUAAGUGAAGAUGAUUUCUAUGUAUUUAAUAGUCUUAAAUAGUCAUCUUGUUCAAGAACUCAGCUAUUCAUCCUUUCAACUCCUGUAAACUUCGAGCAGUGGCAGACAGUACUGUGUGACAAGGAGUUGUUUGACUUAAUAACACAGUCUGAAGAACCAUCUUUUUGUUGUUUGUUGUGAACUUCCACUUACUAGCUUAAUUUUAUCCCCUCCAAUUAUUUUUCUGAAAGAUACAUUAACUCAUCAAUCCCCAUUCACGCUCUGUAUGCCACUCUGGUCUUUACAUAACGCAAGGGGUUGUACCUUAGGCAUUUGAAACUUGUACAAAGACGUAGGUCUGAGCAUGCCUUAUGAUUCACUUCUCUCACUAUCUUGGGAAGAGGGUAUUUUCUCUUAGCCACGUUUACUUUUCAAAUCUAUCUCCUUUUGCAGGUAUUUGCCAUAGUGAGUCACCUGCAGGAUACACCUAUCUUCUGUACAAGAUCAAGAGUUUGAGAGAAGUUUGUGUCCCACUUCUAAAGUGCUAAAUAUCCAGCUGAACAGAGCCUUCAUAAGUCCUUUUUAUUCACAUCUGUGUUCAGCUGAUUUGCAGAUGAUCUUUUCAGUUCACCGACCAGUGAACAAAAGAGUUAAAAAACUUGGGGAUAUGAUCCAUAGGUUGCUCAGUUUACUGCGGUAGGUGUUCAUUAGUUUCAACUUAAAGUAAUGAGAUUCCUUUGGCAGCUAAAAUGUGCCACUUUUACAUGUGAAAUUUCAAUCCAUUUUUCUCUUAGGAAUUGCUAUUGAAAUCCACUACCAACAUAGUAUGUUUGAUUAGCGUAGCUCAUCUAAUCUUUCUAAUUCAUCCAUUAGCAAUUUUCCCAGGAAAUUAUCAAGGCAUAAAUAUGUAAGGUUUCCAACAGCGAGAUGAGAAAUGAAGAAGCUUAACAACAACAAAAAAAACCCCCUUGCCAAGCAAACAUUCAUGCUACCUGCCACCUGAACACCAAGAGCUGUUGCUCCCAAAGGGAUGGCAAGUCAGAACCCAGCACAGUAACACAGGGAGGCCCCCGUCCCACCAUCCCUGAGUGAGGGAGCAGGGCAGGCCUGGACACAGCAGCCAGGGUCAGCCAAGAGUCCAGAUCACCAGACAAGCCCAGGGUGAGGAGGAAAAGUCUGUGGCUCUGGGUGCAGACCAGCACCAGGUCCAUGGCCAGACAAAAGCAUUGAUGCAGCAGGAACUGUAGCUCAAGUGAAGAAAAAGCCCUAGUGCCUCAGAUCCAGAGCAGCUCCCCAGGAAGGGAACAGCCCUGACUACAGCCUCCCCCCGAGAUGUCUGAAGAGCUCUUCCCAAGGUCACCAGACGGCCUGGCCUUGACCUCAGGGAGCCAAACCCACAAGAUAAGAAAGGAUGUGCUUAGGGCCUUGAUACCUGGCUCUGAUGGAAAGUGUGCCCCUGAGUGCAAGGAGCUACAGCAGUAUAAUACUUGAGAUAUGCUGGAGUUCACCCUUGGAGAAACAUCUUGCUAGUAGAUGCACACCAGGCAUAGCAGGAAAAGCAAGGAGCUGUGGGCAGGUUACUAACACUGCUAUGUUUUUCUCAUCCCCCUUCAAUCCUCAUCCACCGAAUGAAUGCAGAAGGCAAUCUGGCCAUAAUUUAUACUCCCUAUCCCCUUUUUUAAAAUCAUAUUUUCAAUAUAGUCAAUCACUAUGCUGAAGGUUACUGUAAAACGUCAGUUGAAUGAAGACCAUGUACUUGCAUGAUGAGCGCUUUUGCCUACAAAUACAGUUAUGCAGCAGCCGGACACUGGAAAAGCAUUAAUUCCUUGAACUCUGGAAACAAUGGCAAUACCUCAACUGCUCUGCGUGAGUGCUGCCAAACAGUUCAGAAGACCUCUUCAGGUCAGAGUACCCUGUCCACAUCUAUGCAGGAGACUCAGAAGAGUUCUCCACAAUGCCUGCCUCACCGCUGUGUCGCACCACCUCUUGUGUAUUUGGGAGGCCCUUCUAGCACAUCCAUGACUGGCUUGCAGCACAUACAUAGCGCAGCAAGGUGGACCAAGAGCUUCUGAAGAGUGACCAUGCCACCAGUCUGCCAGAGGCAGCCAAAGAGGUGGUGAGGAAACCUACACCAAACGCAGACACUGUCUUUCAGCUGUUCUCCCAUCCUGUGAAGGACAAGGAAGCAAACAAUUAUUCCCAUGGUGUUGAUUACCCAACAGCCUGCGCAGAGGAAUAUAAUCUUGCCUCACUUACAAAGUACUAGAAAAGUGUGAGGACCCACUCCCUCACUUCAUCUCUCCUCUUCUACCUUGUAACACACUGAACAUGGGCAGUUGCUUGCGUAGGCCCUGGGGUGAAGGCUCUGUAAAAGGCUGCUAGCAGCAAGAGGACUGUCUGUAAUUGUAGCCCUCCACUGAGGUCUUCCACAGUAACUGCUGCAGCAACGGAAUUUGGAGUGGAACAAGGCAGAAACUUAUCUGAGGAUGCUAUGAGAGACACCACCUUUCCAGACUGGCUCCACAAGAAGACUACGGAUAUGCACAUAUUUGAUCACAGUUAAAACUAAUACAAGUAAAUACACUUUGUAAUGGAAAACUGGAAAUAAAUAUGCAUGCUUCAAACCUCCCUAGGAACAGGAAACUUCUGCCUGGGUUUCACUUUUUUCCUGUCAGGUACUUCUAGCAGAUAAGCUCCUGACACACCAUUUCAGUGGGUGUCUGCUUGAGCUGGCUUUGGAGAUGUUCCAAGGCAGAUCUGUAAAGAUUCAUUCACAGAAUAAGGCUGGGGUUGCCUGUUUUACUCAAUCAGCUCAGUUACUUAAAGAGCCAUCUGAACUUGUCUGACUUUUGGUAGAGAAAAUACCCUCUUCCCCUACUCCAGAAAGGAUCUUGCACUCCCUGUUCUCUCAAGUUGGUCCUUCUCACUGGUAGUUCAGGCCAGCAAGGUCUUAUCAAGAGUCCAUCUUUCUUUAAUAUUCUUCCUCAAACAGCUGUUUGAAAUACAGUAAGCUUGAGAGGUCUUGGCUUAGAGGAGGUUUUAGUUCUGAGAGGCUGCAUAGUCCAGCUGUCCCAACAAAAAGAACUGAGGGGAAAAAGAACCUGGUUUGGAGACCAAAUCCUAUCAGCUAUUUACAAACAGAUUCAUCGAUGUAUUUUUAGCUUCUGCAAAUUUCCUGCAUUAGCUUCUAGCACUAGGCACUGCAUCCAGUUGCUUUAGUUUAUAGAGGAUUGACCAUCUGUGAGUAUACAAAGCUAUCAUUUUAAUUUGCUGUUCUUUUUGAUCUACUAUGAGAUUAUCUGAUAACUGGCAAGGCAUCUAACAAACAGCUGACCAACAACUUUGUUAGAAGAUCUACAGACAAAGAACUUUAUAAUGAUAAUGAUCAUAACAAUAGCUGCUCUCAUUUCUCUGGAUUGCUGAAAAAUGCAAAUUCAGACCUUUAAUAAUUGCAGCUCAGGCUUUCAUUUCUGACAGCAAAGUGAGAGAGAAAAAAAAAUCUUCCCAUUCUAAAAAGCUGUAAAAGAGGCUAUCAGCUUCUUUUUUUUUUAAUUAUAAUUCGCUUCAUUCUUGUUAGAAGAAUUUAAUAAACAAAGUAUAAGAGAGAAGAGAUACUUAUGGAGAACCUUUUCAUUUUGCUUUAAAAAGCCCUUUUUUGGUUUAUGUUGAUCGUUUUAAUGAUUCUGUUCUCAUGAUUCAGGAAUUUUAUGCUGUCUUAAUUUAAUUCAGCUUUAAUUUGAAUUGAAUAAAAUAUUGGCUAGCUUGCUGGCUAUGAUAAUAAAAUACAUGUACUGCUUAAAGUGUUUGAAAUAUAUAAAAUAAUCUGAAAUACACUUCUCUUCAAUGUAUGCCUAAUAGAUUUCAGUGAUGUAAUUAUUUCUAAUUUGUUAUGUAGAUAUAUAUUUUUAGAGCUUGCCAUGUAAGAAUAUUUUUUAAAAUUAGAUGUAAUGAGGUUAUAUACCACUAUCGCCUUUGGAACACCAAUAUAAGAAAGAGUACAAGAAAAUAAUCGAAUGUAUGCCUUGAGCUACACGAUGACUGUACAAACAGACUUCACGGCAAAUUACAUUUCCUUGACUAGUGUUGUCGUUACAGUGAUAUAAUUCAUGUUUCAUAACUCUGAAGAAAUAAUGAAGACAUUGUAACCAGAAAUGUGUCAAUUUGAAUAAAUUUAUUAUGAAUUGC